CUGGGCUAGAGGAGAGCAUUUCAUUCUAUCGUCGAGAGGAUGCUAGAUUGGCUCAUGGCCAGCACGCUGGGCAAACGAGCAGCAGAGGAAGGACAGCCCGCCGAGGGGGUCAGGGCCAAGUCGGCCAAGGGCGAGGGCAAGGGAGAGGAGUCGCACGCCAACGCCAGGCUACUUCGACAGCUCGAGUCCAGAGUCCGCACGCUCGAGUUCGGGGCGGGCCUCGCGGUGUACGGGCCCAGCGACGCGGAGAUUGUGGCGAUCCUCAAGAGUACGUACACCGAGUGCCAGAAGAAGACGGAGGGCAAGGCGGGCGCGCACGGUCUCGGCCCUCCAGAGUUGCAGAGUUUUGCCGCUCUUCUGAGCGCUUUCAACGUCUGGCUCGAGAAGCAGGGCGGUGCUCAGGACUCGGUCAAGAACCUAUCGGAUGUGCCCAAUCGGCUGCUCCUGAUGAUGAGGAAGAGCGACAUGUCCACGGCGUCGACCUGGGUCAAGGAGUGCAGCACAAGCAACACCCAGGACUCGGCCAUCUCGAGGAUCACGGUCAAGGUAGUCGGCUCUAUCAUGCUGCCCGACCCACGCGCCCAGGGACCGAACCUGCUCGAGGAGCAGGAGACCUACUGGAGGACCAUCGAGGACCAGGCCGCAGAGCUCGACGAGAAGGCAGUCGCGGCGGGACGGGUGAUCAGGUCGCCGCUAGAAUUCGAGCUAAAGGGAGUAGGAAAAGUAGCAACAGUCGAGCAGGUAAUUUAUCAGCUUCUUAGGGCUGUUGGCUUUAACAAUAAGCCAGGCGGGGCCCCGAGAGGCAAGCUAGUUAGGCUGAUCAAGAUUGAGAAGUAGUUAGUGUCGGUUGGGGGACUGGUAGGGGGCUGUUGCGUGCCCGAGGAUGGGGGAGUGGCCGUUGCGUCCCUCCAUCCUGGGGUUGCUGGCCACCUCCCCGUCGGUCCACCCUUUAGGAUCCAAGGCCC